CAGAAAAAGACAAGCUUCGCGGAAGGAUCAUGCCGGCAGUGAAAACUGAAAAGCGUCUGCUGAGAGUAACAUAUCCUUCUGCAAGCUUGAAUAUUCACAACUAUUUUUUUUUCCGUCAGAUCUUUUUGGGUAGAAACUAGAAUGACAUUGUUACGGCGUUGUUAUUGUAACAGUUUUCGAAUUUUGAGACUGAACUCGGUGAGACAGGCUGUCGUCCCUGUAAAAUUUAUUGACAAUGGAGCAAUCUUGCAUACUUUUGACAGUAGACAUUCUAAAAUCAACUCCUUAAGUACGUGUUCUACAUGUCACGUGCCAUUUUUUAAUAGAUCAAGUUUUUCUGACAAAACGAAGGAGUACCGGGGUCGAAAAUUAGUCGGGUUUUCAAUGGAACAAAUGUUUCAAGUUGUAUCUGAUGUUGAAAAGUAUAAGGAAUUUGUUCCAUUCUGUAAACAAUCAGAUAUUACGGUACGAAAACCAGCUUUCUUAAAAGGGAAGCUAAGCAUUGGUUUCCCACCCAUUACUGAAAGUUACGUGUCAGAAGUAUCCCUCAUUCGACCCAGACUUGUAAAGGCAGAGUGUACGGAGGGUCAUUUGUUUGAUCAUCUCACAACCAUAUGGAAAUUCAGCCCAGGCCUCAGUACAGAAACACAGUCAUGUGUUAUUGAUUUUUAUGUAUCCUUCAGUUUUCGUUCAGCAUUUCACUCUCAGCUGGCCCAUGUUUUCUUUAAUGAGCUAGUGCGACAAAUGGAACGUGCCUUUUUCACUGAAGCUGAAAAACGGUUUGGGAAACCAUCAAUACACACUGUUAAGCUUGAAGCAACUAAUGGUAAACCUCAUAACUAGGUAAACUUCUCGACUUGUCCCGACUGUAAUUAUUUACUCAUUUUUGAAGCAUGUCAACUGGUGUGUACAUGUUCACAUCUAAGUGUGAUAAGCAAAAGUAGAAGGAAGAAAAACAUACACAGGACAUUUCCUUCUCAAUUAUUUAUUUAUUUAAGUAAUGUUGUUGAGUCUUAAGAUUCAGACAGGUGGUUAUUUUUGAUAUUAAUUUGAUCAAGACUACUUCCCCGUGAGAUGUUGUGACCAAAGGAAAUUCACAUCCAUGUGAUUCUAAAUAAUUUUGACAAGAAGAUGAAUUAGAAAUUAGACCCGACUUGUCAGUUACUUAUGUAUUAUAAAUUAAAAAUUUAAAACUGUUUAAA